AUGGACGAUGUAGUCAACUGGGCGCGGAAGAAUUCCAUUUGGCCCCUAACUUUCGGCCUUGCCUGCUGUGCUAUUGAGAUGAUGCACAUGGCAGCACCUCGUUAUGACAUGGAUCGAUUCGGCGUCGUCUUUCGUGCCAGUCCUCGGCAAGCUGACUUAAUGAUUGUCGCCGGCACUCUCACGAACAAGAUGGCUCCUGCCUUACGCCGAAUAUGGGACCAAAUGCCUGAUCCCAAAUGGGCCAUCUCCAUGGGGUCCUGUGCGAACGGAGGUGGAUACUACCACUAUAGCUAUAGUGUCGUUAGGGGCUGUGAUCGGAUAAUUCCUGUGGACAUAUAUGUUCCAGGCUGUCCACCAACUGCCGAAGCCCUCCUCUACGCAAUCUUGCAGUUGCAGAAGAAGAUCAAGUACAUGAGGACCCAGCAAUUUUGGUAUAGGAAGUAG